UAUGGAGCAUGACGGCCAGGGGAAUCGCUGUGGAGACGAGGUGCACAUGGGGAGCAUCAUGGCCCCGUUGGUUCAAGCUGCCUUCCACCGCUUCCACUGGUCCCGCUGUAGCCAGCAGGAGCUAGGACGAUACCUACAAUCCUACGAGUGUCUUCGUGAUGACCCCUACGAACAUAACUGGCCGUCCCUGCCCAGACUUCCUGGUCUGCACUACUCCAUGAACGAACAGUGUCGCUUCGACUUCGGCGUGGGCUACAUGAUGUGCACCGCGUACCGGACGUUUGACCCCUGCAAACAGCUGUGGUGCAGCCACCCUGACAACCCCUUCUUUUGCAAGACCAAGAAAGGACCACCCAUCGAUGGCACCAUGUGUGGGGAUGGGAAGCACUGCUUCAAAGGUCACUGUAUCUGGCUAACCAUUGACAUGAUAAAGCAGGAUGGUGGGUGGGACAUGUGGAGCCAGUUUGGGUCCUGUACUCGUACCUGUGGAGGAGGGGUGCAGUUUAGAACCCGAGAAUGCAAAAGCCCCAGGCCUGCUAAUGGAGGUCGUACCUGUCUGGGGACUAACUACCAGUUCCAGCUGUGUAACAGCCAGGAGUGUGAGGAGCUGUACAGUGACUUCAGGGAGGAGCAGUGCCGUAGCUUGGACCCUGAGUUUGAGUUCCACAACAACAAGCACCACUGGCUGCCUUAUGAACACACGGAACCUAAGCAGCGCUGCCACCUCCAUUGCCAGUCCACGGAAACCCGAGACAAGAUCAACAUGCAGAGGCUGGUCCAAGACGGCACGCGCUGCUCAUAUAAAGACCCCUACAGCGUGUGUGUGCGCGGGGACUGUGAGAAAGUGGGCUGUGACGGCGUGGUAGGGUCCUCCCAACAGGAGGAUAAAUGUGGCGUCUGUGGAGGAGACGACUCCAGCUGCAAGAUCAUCAAGGGCAACUUCACUCGCAGUGCCAAGAAACAAGGUUUCCUCAAAGUACUUGAAAUCCCUCGAGGGGCGAGACACCUACUAAUCCAAGAGAUUAAGCCAACCGCACACAUCCUAGCGGUGAAGAACCAGGCAUCAGGACAGUUCUUCCUGAAUGCGGAGGGAGACCUCCCAGAAUCCCGUGCGGUCAUAGAGAAGGGUGUGGAGUGGGAAUACAUGAAUAAUGACCAUGACAAGGAGACACUACAGACCAACGGACCACUCAGACACGGAGUCCUCAUCAUGGUGCAGUCCCAUGGAGAUGCCAAGGUGACCCUUUCCUAUAAGUACAUCAUCCACAUGGACCUGCUGUCCGCAAUAGAGAACAACAUGCUGCUGGAUGACUCCUCCUUCUACGAGUGGGCCCUGAAGAAAUGGUCCUUCUGCUCCAAGCCCUGUGGGGGAGGUAAGCAGUAUACCCGGUUCGGCUGCAGAAGGAGAGCGGACAGUAAGAUGGUCCACCGACGCUACUGUGAGAACAUCAAGAAGCCUCGCGCCAUCAGCAGAGACUGCAACCAGAAGGAGUGCUCACAGCCCAUCUGGGAGGAUGGUCCGUGGGAGCCAUGCAGUAAGACGUGCGGUAAAACAGGGUACCAGGUGAGGUCCGUUCGCUGUGUUCAGCCCUUAGACAGCGGAAACAAGCGCUCCAUUCACAGCAAGUACUGCAAUGACGACCGGCCUGAGGCACGCAGGCCCUGCAACAGAGAGCUCUGCCCUGCACAGUGGAGAGUAGGGCCCUGGUCACAGUGCUCGGUGACGUGUGCCAAUGGGACACAGCAGAGGCAAGCAUUGUGUCACACGCGUGACAACACCAUCGGUCUCUGCCUGGACAGCAAGCCAGACACCAUCCGCAUCUGUCGCCUGGCGCCAUGUCCCAGAGGCUCGUCGGACCUGAAUAAGAACGGCAACAUCCUGAUCCAGUGGCUGUCCCGUCCUGACCCAGACUUGCCCUACCAGAGAAACAGCUCACGUAAAAAACCAUCCCUUUAUAGCUCUGGGCCCAACCUCCGGUGCAUGGCGGUCCUGACCUGGACCUUGCCCUCUCUCUCUGUCCUCUUCACCCUGCAACAGGCCUGGGCUAGGGGCCCCGGGGGCAGGCUUACCCCCUGACCACCCCCCACCCCUCCCCCCCUGUCCGUGCCUGUGGCCGCGCCCGCGAGCGAGCGCCAGCUUUUCGCUUCUCUUUUGGGGCGUGUGUGUCUCUCUCUCUCUGUGUCUGAGACAGCUCUGAUUGGGGGAGGUCUCUGGCUCCUGUGUGCUGAUUGGUUGGUUGGUUCUCUCUUGCUCUGUCUCUCUCUUCUCUUAUCUCUCUCUCUCCUUUGUGGAGCAUUGUGUUGUAACCGCUGGCCAGUCGAAACUAAAAAGAAAAACAUUUAAACAUUGAAGAGAAGGUGGAAAUGGAAAAAGACAAGCAGGUUUGAUUGGCGGCUCUUAGUGGCAUGGUUGAGCCAGUGAGUCAUGAGAGGCCCCUCUGUUUGGCGGCCAUGUUUUGCGCGAGCUAGUUGCGAGUCGUCAUGGUUCACACUCCUGAGAUGCGGGCGCAAUUUUUUUUGUCACCGCGCC